AUGGCAUGGCAGAUCCCUCUGAGACUCCACGCUUUGAUGGCAUUUCUCUGGUGCUCCUUCACGGUGCUCAAGUCCGAUGCCUUCUCCCGGCUUCCCACGUCGGUCUGCUUCCUGCUCUCCAACCUGCGGAUGAUGGUGGGCUUGGUCAUCCAGUUCUUGCUAUUCGGGAAGCGCUACUCCUCCUCCCAGGUGCUCGGAGCCGCGAUCGUGACCGUAGGAAUUGCUUGGGCGGGGGAUGCCAUGCAGCAUGCCGCUGCGUCCAAGAAUUCUGGCUCUGGCGUUGCUAACCACGACUUCUUUAUUGGUUGUCUCGAGUGCCUGGUCUCCACCACCGCGCUUGCUUUGCAGGGCUGCUCCAUCAAGAUGGCAUUCUCCCGCUAUGGUGAGCACGUGGAGGAGCAGGUCUUCUUUACACACCUCUGUGCACUGAUCGUUGUGUUCCCAAGCCAGUGGCACUUGGUGGGCCCGCGCUUGCUUGAAUGGUUCCAACAGCGCGAUCCGUCCCUGCUGGUGCUGGUGACAUCAGGUGUCUGCCUCAACUUCGCUUCCCGGAAUUUGGGAACAAAGCUGGCUGGCCGUGCUCCGAACCUUCUGGUGCUGCAGCUUGCUCAGACCCUGGACGGAUUCGGUCAACUGCUGGUGGCUGCCUUGGUGAGGGUCCCACCAUGGCCCCCCUCGGGCUUCUGGGGCGGAGCCCUGGUGCUGCUCCUGGGGACCCUGCAGUACCUGAGAGCCUCAGGUGCUGCCACGAAGCAGAAGGACACCAUACCAGCUGAAGUGUGGAAGACGCCGAACUCCCAGGCCGCAUGGUCCCUGGCUACUGUCGCAGCGCGCGGCGGAGGUGCCGACGCCGUGCGCCGAGAGAACCUGAACUGGAGGCGUUUGAACCUCGUCCGCGUCAGGGACGGCAUGAGCGUCUGA